AUGGACGAUGAUAAUACAGAAUUCGGCCAAGACAUUGGCAGUGGUCGAAAGAGAAGUCGAAGUCAAAGCUCUGCAUCCUCCCCAAGUUUGGAAGAACACGAUGAUGCCGCCAGCCCCGAAUCUGCCACGGAUGAGUUCACGAAUGUUGAAUUUAUCCCAGAAACACCUAUCCGGCAGCGACAGACAAGCCAGCCCCUAUUUGAUAGCCCAGCAGGCGAUGUUGAAAACCGAGCCAGUCAACUGCAGCUGCUACCACUUCGAGAAAGUCGACCAACGAAACGAAGGCGGAUGGAGUCCAUUCGUUCCAUUGGAGAUGCAGAGUAUACCCCUCACCGACGGUCUUUACAAAUCCAAGCGAGACGAAACAGCCAGCAGCGAGACGAAACUCCAUCACCAACUAGAACACAUACGUCUGAGUCGCCGGUAGUGACAAAAUUGAGGCCUGUUCCUCAAGGAGCCCCUCGUUUGAUUGAGAAGAAGGGGCAAUACACAAUCAGAAAAGGAGUUCGAAUUCGAGAUUAUAAACUUCCGGGGCCUUCUCCGUGGCCAUGUGCUCUACCAUCCAAUAGCCUGGAAUAUCAAUGCCGAGAUGGAUUCGAUGUGAAGGAAAUAUCGCUUGGAUAUCCUCAACCAAUGGUAAUUCGGCUGCGGGAGAAUGUACACGAACCAAACACAGGGAACUACAAGGGUCCAAAGCCAAGAAGCCCAUCGCUUGGGACAACUGAAAUCACCUAG